GUCAGAGUGAGCAACUCCUGUAAAGGACAGGGGAUAGUUACUCUGAAAAUUACCUUAAAAAGUCUGUAUAAACAGGUUGGCUACCCAGACAAGGAGUUUUCCAGGCUUCUUCGCUUUAAGUAGAUGUGGUCAAGAGGAGCCCCAUUUGAAACAAUCUGUGUUUAUGAGAAAAAAUUUGAUCUGUAUGAAGAUGACCAUGUUUGUGGCCAGCGUGCUGUUCCUUAUGACCCUUUCUUUGUCUGUAAAGCAGAGUAUCAGUGGAGGGAUUCAACCGCUUGACAUGGCCAACAACUCCGUGGACGACUCCUUUGAAGGUUGUAGGGAUGCCAUGUAUACUUUAGUGAUGUCAAAAUACAUCGAACCUGAACAAAAUGCAACCUCUGUUUGCUCAGCUGCCUGGAAUAAGUCACUUGCUAACUACACCAGAAAUGGACUCGGGGUAUAUCAGUCCGCUGCCAUUUCCAUGUACACCGACAACUGUAUAUACGCCCAGUUUAACAGAGCUUCUCGUAACGGAUCAGCAGCCUAUCAGUCAGGUGACUUUCAGUUUUACACACUGCAUUUCUUUCUGACCGACGCUAUUCAACAACUCAAAGAAGAGCAAACAGAGUGUGUGACCUCAUAUCGCAGAACCAACGUCAAAUUUGAAACAGGUGUUCUCAAUAAAACAGUUCGAUUUGGGUCUUUCACAUCGUCCUCUCUGAUCAAGAGUUUAAAGGAAUUCGGUGAAGAGUCCUGUUUUCAAAUUUACACUUGUUUUGGAGCUGCAGUGGAAAAAUUCUCAGCGUUCAAGAAUGAAAAAGAGGUGAUAAUUCCUCCAUAUGAGACCUUUCUCGUCACCAACGUUGAAAAAAGACACAAGCGGAACAAUCUCUGGUGUAAAGUGGUGUAUGAACUCAGAAGUGCUGGUAAGAGGAGUAACCUUCAGUGCAUAAAAAACAACAGAUCAUCAACAUUAGUGCCAUCCUUGCUUUCAACUUUUCUGCUGUUCACUGCUCUGUCGGCUACUUAAGAAACAUCAGUAAACAUGCAGAUGCAUGCAGCUCUCGGAGAGCAGCUCACAGUAUGUAAACAUUCUGUUCAUUGAUCCAAAUUAUCGUACAGAACAGAAGCUACAGAGCUCAUCACAGAGCUGUCACUGUCCAUUCAGUGUUUAAUACAGCUACUUUGUGUAAUUAAAAUUCAGAUUUUGUGGCCUUUUGUGGUACUUUUUUUGGUGUAUAAGCCAUUUGGUUACUUUUGUAAUGUUGAAUUUUUAUUGACCGAUGCACCCUCGUUUUUUUUCAGUGAUCACUGCAUUUAAGGUGUGUUUUGAAGAUUAUCAUUUUUAGACUGUGUAGUAUGCAUUUCACCUUUCAGGCCUUUAAAAAGCAUCAUGUUUACAUUUAAUGCUAUGGGUGUUACUGUAGCUUACAUCAUUCAUGAAAAUGUUUUGCGUUCUUUGCUUUGUGAGAUAGUAAGUUUAUGUAAAAUGUUAAAUUCAGCAAAUAAACAGUAAUCAUGAAAUAAAAA